AUGGCUUCUACAGAACCAUGGCUUCUAGAAAAUGGCAACAUCAGGUGCCUGACCAAGGAAACGAAGCACGGACACUGCCGGACGGCACAUAACAUGUCUUCUUCGUCUCUGCGUAAAAAAUCGGACCUAACCCUUAUUUCCAAAGUCCGACAAGGGUUUCUCCGAAGUUUUCUGGUUAAUUUGCAAGAAGUUUUGUUGGGAACAAAGCUAUCGGUUUUGUUUCUGGCAAUUCCUUUCGCCAUCGCUGCUCAGUGUAAAAAUUUUGGAAGACCAUGGGUGUUUGCAUUGAGUUUACUUGGACUCGCCCCGCUUGCUGAACGUGUCAGCUUUUUAACAGAGCAACUCGCUUUCUACACAGGUCCAACAGUUGGAGGGCUGCUAAAUGCAACAUGUGGAAAUGCUACAGAGCUCAUAAUAUCCAUACUUGCUCUAGUCAAGCACAAAGUGGAUAUUGUGAAAUACAGUCUACUCGGUUCUAUACUUUCGAACCUCCUCUUGGUUCUUGGAUCCUCUCUAUUCUGUGGUGGCAUUGCAAAUCUUGGAAAGGAGCAAAAGUUCGAUAGAAAACAAGCGGAUGUGAACGCGCUCCUUUUGUUGCUGGGAUUGCUUUGCCAUGUUUUGCCCUUGAUGUUUCGAUAUGCUGAAAAUGCCACGGAUCUAACAGGGACUGAAACUCUUGCUUUGUCAAGAGCCAGUUGUAUUGUGAUGCUGAUUGCAUACAUUUCUUACCUCGUUUUUCAGCUAUGGACUCAUCGACAACUAUUUGAAUCUUCUGAGGAUGAAGAAGAAGAUAGUGACGUGGUAUCGGAUGAAUCUGCUGUAAUUGGAUUCUGGAGUGCAUUUAUUUGGCUAGUUCUGAUGACUGGUGUUAUAGCCUUACUCUCAGAAUAUGUUGUGGGAACAAUUGAGGAUGCAUCAAACUCUUGGGGAUUAUCAGUCAGUUUCAUCAGUGUAAUUUUACUACCAAUUGUGGGAAAUGCAGCAGAACAUGCUGGGGCUAUCAUAUUUGCCUUUAAGAACAAGCUGGAUAUUACUUUAGGCGUAGCAUUGGGUUCAGCAACUCAAAUUGCCAUAUUUGUGAUUCCCUUGAGCGUAAUUGUGGCAUGGAUAAUCGGUAUCGACAUGAAUCUGGACUUGAAUAUCCUCGAAACUAGCUGUCUUGCUCUAUCAAUUAUCGUCACAGCAUUCACUUUACAGGACGGAACAUCUCAUUACCUUAAAGGACUAGUUCUUCUGUUAUGCUACCUAGUUAUGGGAACUUGCUUUUUCAUUUUCAGAACUUCAAAAGUUCAUGCAGAAACUUCGAGUGCUCUUUACAUAAUUUGGUGGGCACAAAUGGAGAAGAAUUCUGCGUUGUUCUGUACAGUGGGAUCCAUUGAAGAUGCAAGAAUUUCAUGUGAGAUUAUGAGCAGAUGUUUUUUCUUUUCUUGUUCCUUGUUUGGUUCCCUUUUUUUUCCGUACAUGUCUUUUCCCUAA